AUGGGUUCCUAUCAAGAGGCUUUGCUAGGUUUUAGGGAAAUGCAAGAAAAUGGAUUGUUGCCUGAUAAUUUUGUUGUUCCAAAUGUAUUGAAGGCUUGUGGUGCUUUAGAGUGGAUUGGGAUUGGGAAAGGGGUUCAUGGGUACGUGGUGAAGUUGGGUUGUAGUGGGUGUGUCUUUGUUGCUAGUAGUCUUGUGGAUAUGUAUGGAAAAUGUGGGGUUGUAGAAGAUGCAAGGAAGGUUUUUGAUGGUAUGCCUGAAAGAAAUGUAGUCACUUGGAAUUCGGUGAUUGUGGGUUAUGUACAAAAUGGUUUGAAUGAGGAAGCUAUUAAGGUGUUUUAUGAGAUGAGGGAGGCUGGUGUUGAACCCACUCACGUUACGGUAUCGAGCUUACUUUCUGCUUCAGCUAAUUUAGGUGCAUUACAAGAGGGUAAACAUGGACAUGCACUAGCAGUUGUUUGUGGGUUAGAACUAAAUACCAAUUUGGGCAGUUCUCUUAUUAACUUUUAUUCCAAGGUUGGUUUGAUUGAGGAUGCUGAAAUGGUUUUUAGCAAGAUGCUUGAGAAAGAUGUGGUCACUUGGAAUUUGCUCAUAUCUGGGUAUGUGCAAGUGGGGGAGAUUGACAAAGCACUCAAUGUUUGCCGUCGAAUGAGACUUGAAAACUUGAGUUUUGACUCUGUGACUCUUUCAACCUUAAUGUCUGCUUUUGCAGAUACACGAAGUUUGAAAUUUGGUAAGGUGGGACAUUGCUAUUGUAUAAGGAACAACCUUGAAUCCGACGUGGUUGUUGUGAGUAGCAUUGUAGACAUGUAUGCCAAAUGUGAGAAAAUCAAUUGUGCAAAACGAGUUUUCAACUCUUCAUUUAUAAGAGAUCUUGUGCUGUGGAACACAAUGCUGGCUGCUUUUGCAGAAUUGGGUCAUAGUGGUGAGGCCUUGAAAAUGUUCUAUCAGAUGCAGCUAGAAAGUGUGCCACCAAAUGUGAUAUCAUGGAACUCUCUGAUUUUAGGAUUUCUGAAAAAUGGCCAAGUCAAUGAGGCUAAAGAUAUGUUUUGGCAGAUGCAGUCCCUUGGAGUCCAGCCUAACCUGGUCACUUGGACUACACUGAUCUCUGGUUUGGCUAAGAGUGGUUUUGGCUUCGAAGCAAUUCUGACAUUCCAGCACAUGCAGGAAGCUGGAAUUAAACCCAAUGUUGUGAGCAUUAUUGGUGUACUAUUGGCUUGCAUAAAUAUGGCAUCGUUGCAGAAUGGAAGAGCCUUACAUGGGCAUUUGAUAAGGCAUUCCCUCUACACUUCAAUUCCAAUUGCAACCUCUUUAGUGGAUAUGUAUGCUAAAUGUGGUAAUAUAGAUGAAGCAAAGAGGGUGUUCGAUAUGAUUGAACACAAAGAGUUGCCUGUCUAUAAUGCAAUGAUUUCCAGUUAUGCGUUACAUGGUCAAGCUGUGGAAGCUCUUGCACUAUAUCAGGGCUUAAAGGAAGAAGGUGUAAAACCAGAUAAUAUAACCUUUACUAAUGCCUUAUAUGCAUGCAGCCAUGCCAUGAUGGUGAAUGAAGGUUUGGAGCUUUUCUUUGAUAUGGUAUCCAGUCACAAUAUAAAUCCAAGUAUAGAGCAUUAUGGCUGUGUGGUUAAUCUUCUUUCACGGUGUGGCAAUUUGGAUGAAGCUUUUAGGCUUAUUGGCACGAUGCCAUACAAGCCUGAUGCACAAAUGUUGGGAUCAUUACUUGCUGCUUGUAGAGACCACAAUAAAAUAGAACUAGAGGAAUAUUUAUCCAAUCAAUUACUGAAAUUACAGCCAGACAAUUCUGGGGCUUGA